GCGCGGACACUGCUGAUCAGGCCGGGAUGAUGGUGGGCGGUAGGAUGGCCAGCACGGUGGCGGCGCUGGGCCUCUCGGUGGUGUCAUCGGUGUCUAUCGUCGUCUGCAACAAGGCGCUCAUGAGCACCCUCGGCUUCGUGUUCGCUACUACGCUGACAAGUUGGCAUCUCCUGGUGACAUUCUGUUCCCUCCAUGUGGCUCUUCAGAUGAAAAUUUUCGAGAACAAAGAUUUAGACCCAAAGACAAUCAUUGGAUUUGGAAUACUAAACGGCAUUUCUAUUGGGUUGCUUAAUCUGAGCCUUGGAUUCAACUCUGUUGGCUUUUAUCAGGUGACCAAGCUGGCAAUAAUUCCAUUUACUGUAUGUUUGGAAUCUAUAUUCUUCAGGAAAACAUUCAGCCGGAGAAUCCAAAUGGCACUGGCAAUUCUUUUAUUUGGUGUAGGUGUUGCAACAGUGACAGACCUGCAACUGAAUAGACUGGGAUCGGUGUUGUCUCUGUUUGCUGUUCUCACCACAUGCAUUUCACAAAUUAUGACAAACUUUAUUCAGAAGAUAUUCAAAGUUUCUUCAACUCAACUGCUCUACCAAUCUUGCCCAUACCAAGCACUGACUCUUUUCAUCAUUGGUCCAUUUCUUGAUGGCUUUCUUACUAACCAGAAUGUAUUUGCCUUCAAGUACACGAGUAAAAUCCUUGUAUUCAUCAUUCUUUCCUGCCUAAUAUCUGUAUCGGUAAACUUCAGUACAUUUCUUGUGAUCGGAAAAACAUCUCCUGUAACAUACCAAGUACUAGGCCACUUAAAAACCUGUAUAAUCCUCGGUUUUGGAUAUGUUCUAUUUCACGAUCCAUUAAAUUGGAGGAACAUAUUAGGGAUUCUUCUUGCCUUGUUAGGAAUGAUUUCAUACUCUUACUUUUGCUUAAUGGAGAAUCAACACAAAGGACCUGAAUUGUCAGCUCCAUUUUUCCACACUAAGGUGAAAGGAGGUGAAACGGGUACUCUUCUCCUGGUGCAGAACGGGUCAGCUAAAGUCACUGAUGGUGUUGUGAUUGAAGGACCGAUGUGGAGGUUGAAUAGAGAUUUGGACGCAUGAUCAUCUUCUGAAUUCACGUUUUAACACGCUUCUAUGAUGGGUGUGCCUGUGAAAGUCGAACUAGCCCUACCCCUGCUGCAGAAAGGACUGACAUAUGUUCUGAAGGAGAUCCAGUGCAAAUUUCGCCAGCAUUUUGCUUCAGUUCACUUCAGCUAGCCAGUCCUAAAGUCUCCUUGCUCCGCGUCUUGUACAUACAUAUACAUCUUUUUGCUAAGACUGUACAUACAUGUUCACUGCUUCAAUCACACAAACAUUUGCAUUCAUGAUUGAUAUAUUAUUAUACAAAGAUUCCAUGUCUGCUAUUUAC